AUGGCUGAUAAACAGAAUUGGCGAAAAGAAGACGAAGAUGAGGAGGAGCAAGAACUUGAUGAGAACAACUAUAAGGCACAGAAAGAUGCCAUCUUGCUUGCAAUCGAUAUUAGCAAAUCUAUGUUAGAGCCACCGCCGCCUUCGGACUCCAAAAAGGCAGAUCGUGACAGCCCUGUCCAGGCGGCCUUAAAAUGCGCCUAUCAUCUCAUGGAACAACGCAUCAUCUCUAAUCCCAAGGACAUGAUGGGUAUUCUUCUCUUUGGAACGAAGAAAUCAAAAUUCCAGGACUCUGUAGAUGGUCGAAGUGGUCUAGGUUACCCUCAUUGUUACCUAUUCACUGAUCUCGACGUGCCCGCGGCAGAAGAUGUGAAGGUCCUCAAAGCCCUGGUCGAAGAUGGCGAGGACGAAGAUGAGGUACUGACACCUUCGGAUGAGCCUGUCAGCAUGUCGAAUGUGCUAUUCUGCGCGAACCAGAUCUUCACAACAAAGGCUGCGAACUUUGGCAGUCGUCGUUUGUUUAUAGUAACUGACAACGACAAUCCCCACGCAUCUGACAAACAGGCCAAGUCCGCUGCAGCGGUACGAGCUAAGGAUCUGUACGACCUUGGGAUCCUGAUAGAUCUAUUCCCUAUCACCCGUGGAGACGAGAAAUUCGACCUCAACAAGUUUUAUGAUGAUAUUAUCUAUCGUGACCCUGUUGGAGAGGCGAACAUGACAGAAGUCCGAACAUCGAAAUCUGGAGACGGACUGACAUUACUCAACUCGCUCAUCUCAAAUGUCAAUUCCAAAAAAACUGCAAAGAGAGCCCUGUUCUCAAAUUUGCCAUUCGAGAUUGCUCCUGGGCUACGCAUCUCAGUGAAGGGGUAUAACAUUGUUCAUCGUCAAACACCAGCACGCACUUGUUACAUUUGGCUGGACGGUGAAAAGCCGCAAAUUGCUACAGGUGAAACUACACGAAUCGCGGAGGAUAGCGCCAGGACCGUUGAAAAAGCAGAGAUAAAGAAGGCGUACAAGUUUGGCGGCGAAUACGUUUACUUCUCCCCAGACGAACAGAAGUCCUUGAAGGAUUUCGGAUCACCCAUCAUUCGUAUCAUCGGCUUCAAACCGCGCAGUCUGCUCCCCGUUUGGGCAAGCACCAAGAAGUCUACAUUCAUCUUCCCCAGCGAAGAAGAUUAUGUUGGUUCGACCAGGGUUUUCACAGCGCUUUGGCAGAAACUUCUCAAGGAUGACAAAAUGGGUGUCGCUUGGUGUAUCACUCGUGCUAAUGCGCAGCCAAUGUUGGCCGCCAUCAUACCGUCUAGAGAGCGGUCUGAUGCUGACUCGGGAACGCCGUAUCUGCCUGCUGGACUUUGGAUCUAUCCUCUACCAUUCCAGGAUGACCUGCGAAAUAUCAACCCACCAAGUGAAGUGCUGCGAAGUUCUGGAGAACUUACGACGCAGAUGCGAACUAUCAUUCAGCAACUCCAGCUGCCAAAGGCUAUGUACGAUCCAUUGAAAUACCCCAAUCCCGCGUUGCAGUGGCAUUACAGAAUCCUUCAAGCUCUUGCUUUGGAGGAAGAGGUACCCGAGAAGGCAGACGAUGCAACGGAGCCAAAAUACAAAGCGAUCAGCAAACGAGCAGGCGGCUACUUGGAAGAAUGGUCUGAAUCUCUAGAAGAAGAGUCUGGUAAAGUUGCGAACAAGAAAUCGACAAAGCGUGAAACGGACGAUGAAGACAUGGAUAGACCGGUGAAGAAAUCGAGAAGUUCAUCAGAGAAAGCAACUGGUUCUUCCUUCAGUAUGGCUCAAUUGAAGGCCGCAAUCGAAGGUGGGACUAUUCAAAAAAUGACGGUAGUUCAGCUCAAAGAUAUACUUGCUACUAAGGGUAUGAGUACUGCUGGACGAAAGGUUGAAUUGAUCGAGAGAAUCGAGCAAUGGAUAGAGGAAAAUUCAUCCUCUAUACUCACACCCCCUUCAGCACCCGUUAGUGGCUCUCAGUGGCGAGGCGCUCAACUCACACCCACUAAACUUCAGCUAAACACACCCCGGCCCCUUACCUCAUCUAUCAAAUCCGUAGCUCCACCAUCACCUACCUGCGCGUUCGUGAGCCCGCAAACGCCAGGACAGCGUCACCCCAAAAUCCCAUGGGCAACACUUGUCGCCUCAUCACCUCAGAAGGAGCCGGGCGCUGACGAGUAUAACUCAAGGCUAUUGCGCCUGGCGCGGCGCCGGCCAACUUGCGAGCAACGAAAGACCAUGGUCGAUUUCCUCGCAAGCCUUGGUCUUGGCGGCGCGCAGACACCCGCAGCGUCAAGUAACUCGCAAUGCGAUUCGGUCGAGGAGCUCCAGCUCAAACUACGAAACAUUCUAGAUGCCAAGGCGACACCGACACGGGCCGAAAAUGUGGCUUUGACAAUCGAAUUGAGAGCCACGGUACGAUUUCAGUUGCCUGUGUCCGAAUCGGAGAAUGGGACACUCGAGAGCCUAAACAACAUCGAUCCGUCACUGGGAGGAGCGCAGUCUGUAGGAAUGAAUGGCAAUCGGGAUGAAGGACAGCUAUCGCGCGUGGUAUUUGCCAAUGACACGCUCAUGAAUCCGCCACAAGACGACCCGACGCUCCAACGGUCUGUCGCAAAACAUAUCAUUUCAAUAAUCAGCUCAACCGAUGGGAGUACCUGGACUGUUCGAGAGGUGUCGCGCGUUACACAGGGUUGGACUUUUACGUAUUUGUGCAAGGACUCGUAUCAGCAAUGGACUCGACAGAAUGCGAAGAAUCCAACGAAAACAAUAGUAGGAGAGUUCAGUCAGAGAGAGCCUGACCCAGUUCUGCAUGCUCGGCCUGCUUUUGACUGUCGAGGAUCUAUCACGAUUGCCUUUAACCGUGGCAGUCGCUCCAUCAAUGUAAAAUACAACCAUACACCUUUGCACAAAACAGUUGCAGAGCUAGCCGCCCACUUCAAGCCUGCUCCUCGUCAACUGGGACCAGGUGCGCAGAGACUCCUGGAACAGCAGCAGAAGGCUAAGGAGAAGACGCCGAGGAAAUCUAGAGGUGAGAAGAAAGACAAGAAGGAGCGAAAGAAGCGGGAUUCUACUAUAAAGGCGCAAGAUGAGAAUGGUAAUCCCCGGAAACGAAAGAAGAAAAACAACGGAACAUCUCAACCAGCGGACUCAGUAGACGGACCGAUAAUCCCCCCAGAUUGUCCUGGGGCACCAGCAAUCGAUGGGCAAAAUCAAGGGGGUCCAUCGUAUAUGAACGGAGGAGAAGCGUCGGGCAACCCUGGGCAGCAAGGAUUCAACGAUUAUCCUCAAGGGUUGAUGGGGGACGCAUCGGCAACGACGAAUGGAACUUCGUCUCAGCAGGCGAACGGCCAGCUGGCUUCAGUUGCUUUCCCAGUUAAUGUCUCAGCAGCUGAGGCAGCACGCCGAAAAGAGGCAGCCACGGCAAUGCUCAGCAACGCUGGUGUCGAUCCCACCACAUUGUCUCCUGAGCAGUUUGGUAUCUUCGCCAACCAAGCACCAGAGUUGCAGCGCGAGUCACUGAACAUGCUUGUCAAAUAUGGUGCAGAACGGCUCCGCAUUGUCCAUCCCGGUAACAAGGAAGGCUCAACACAGGCAAGCUCUUCAACACAGAGCAGCCAGACAACUUCAACUGGACCUAGAACUACCAAAGAGCUAGUGCCACAGUCAAGUGCUCAGAGCAACGCGAACACAGAUACUGAGACAGCAGUAGCUCAGGCUGCUGACGACACUUCCGCUCCUAAGCGUAAGACGAAGAAGAUGGGCAAGUCGAGAACAGCUUGUUUCCCCUGUAAGGCACGGAAGGCAAAGUGCCCAAGGGAGAGACCAAUCUGCACCGAAUGUGCAGAUCAUGGGACUGCAUGUGAAUAUGCGCCACAGAAACCAAGAAAUAAGGCAACGAAGCCCAAGAAGUCUGAGGCUAUCGUUGUUGAUGAUGACAAAGACGAUGGCGAUGAGGAAGAUGAAGAGGUUGAACCGCAGGAAGAUGCUGAGGCAGAAGGUUCCGAACAGGAAGAUGACGAACAACAAGACACUUCACAGGACUACUCAUACCCUCAGAUGAAUAUCGGAAACAUGGUCACCAACACUGAUGCAACAACUCAAGAUACCCAAUCCACACAAAACAAUUACUAUCAGCCUGCUUCCGGCCUAGUUCUUCCUCAGCCAGACCCUAACUCGACCAGCUCUCAAGCAAUGGGCACAUCAGUAUCGCAGAGAGGCAACUACUCUCAUAACCUGCCAGAAGUGACACAACCCAUGGUCCACCCAGCCCCUCCUAUCCCAGCUCCUGCUGGUACGGUCGCUCCCUCUGAAACAAGGCGAUGGACCGCCUUUGGUAGCGGUAGUGUUGGUGUUGGUGGAAGCAACACCACCAGCAAGACACGAAGAAGUCUUCCGUCCGAGCCCAGCCAUACGAAUGCGCAAAAUAUGCCUGAAAACCCACAGCCAUCAGACUGGGCUCAAACUUCCAACGCGACUAUGCCUGCAACAACAAUGGCAUCGGUCUCUCCGCAGAUGACAUACGACACACGCUCAAGCGGGAGGACUCGACAGAAGAACCAGAGCCUAACGAAUGAUGCUUCCCAACAAGCUGCAGCAGUGUCCAACACGGUCAUGCAGCAGGCUCAGGCACGUCAAUCGCCCGUCGCUGCAGCAGCCAUGAUGGCACAGACCCGCAAAUCCCCUUAUCAACAAGCUGCGGUUCCUCACACGACUUCUAGAACAAGCCAGCGAAACCAGUCUCGCACACCUGUAACUGACCAGGCACGAGGUUACCAGCCUCCUUCCGACAUGGCUCAGCAGCAAAAUCCACUAGGCAGCACUCAUUAUGAUACAUCACACAUAUCCAGUGGUUCUGGCUAUAAUGAUAAUGGGCGUUACAGCAGCACUAGCACCAGCGGAAGCCACCAACCACCGACCACCAUGAGCACAUCUUAUCAGACUACUUCUUCCACAGCAAACCAGUGGUCUAAUUCUUCGAGUCGAAACGAUCGCUCAUAUGACACCAGCCCAUCAUAUCAAACACCUAAUAUUCACGCACAGACAACAGCAUCCAAGCCAACGGCGGCAUCCCGCCAGAACUUUAAUAUGCGUUCAAACACACAACAGCAUAUUCGUGCUAGCAGUGGCUCAUACAACCAGCAGCAGGGUUAUGCAUCAUACUCUGGGUCUACACACCAGAGCCAACAGGGUCAGACAUCAAACCAGCAACAGCCGUCUAGCUGGUACUUCCAAAACUCGCACAACCCUUCUAUUCAUCCUGGGGGCCAGUCAUCUGGCUAUAACUAUGAGCCAUGGUCAGGCGUUUAG